UUGUGAGAUGUGGGGUUCUCUGUGUGUGUCUUCUUGUAUUUACUUUUUAGCUUGUAGAAUAGAUGUCCGCUUGUAGGACAGAUGGCGUGACCGGAUCGGUCCUUAUAAGGCAGACAAUGUGAAUGGUGGAAGAGAGAGCACAGGAAAAAUGAAGAUAAAAUAUUAUCUGAGAUAACACACCUGCGACCGAAGGGAGAGCCAGUUUGAACCCAUUUUCAGGGCAAGGCCGAAGGCUGCAGGAGAGAGUACCAGACACUCAUUGUUCGGGGAAGGCGUUUGUUACAGAAGGAUGAACUGGGUUGAACCAACGUUCAAGGGCACCAGAGGGAUUAAAACAGUGGAUUCUUCUAUCAACCAACUCGGGUGGAUAAGGAAUAUCCUAACAAUUUUGGGGGCUCGUCCGGGAUAGGAGUUUUCCUGCAGGGGGAAUUCGGUCCAAGAGCUUUCACCUGCUGAACACUGCGUACUCCCAGGCCGGCCUCAAAACAAGGUGUCCAGAGACCACGGAAGGGAGAAGACCGACCAUCCCCACACAGCUAUCCUUCUUGAGAAACUUCCAGACUACCUCUGGUCCGAAGGCCCGACUGACGUAGGUUUUUGUAACACAUGUAAACCAGUAACGUUUGAAAUUCAAAAGCGACCCCCCAUUUGGCAGUCCCAAUACCCUCACAAGCCAGCCGCGGCAGAGGGGAUCAGGGACACUAUAGAGGGACUCAUUAAGUCAGGAGUACUGGAGCCCUCUCAGUCCGCCUGGAACACGCCCAUUCUCCCGGUAGAAAAGGAAGCAACUGGUAAAUAUCGCAUGGCACAUGAUCUCAGAAAGAUAAACGACAUGCUGGUAACGACAACGGUACCCGUCCCGAACCCAUACACUGCGUUGACUAGUCUAACACCACAACAACAAUGGUUCACGUGCAUUGAUUUGGCAAACGCGUUCUUUUGCAUACCACUACAGGAAAACUUGCGGGAUGUAUUCUCAUUCACAUAUGGGAACAAGCAACUACGUUAUACUCGGCUACCGCAAGGAUUUGCUCUUUCACCUGGUAUUUUCAAUCAAGUGUUAAAACAAGCAUUGACAGGUUGUCCGCUCCCAGAGGGCACGACGCUGAUCCAAUACGUCGACGAUAUCCUCCUCGCAUCCACUUCAGCUGAAUCCUGUGUGGAAGCAACAGACACCAUCUUACGCUGGUUGGCCACGACCGGUUUCAAGGUCAGUAAGUCAAAGUUGCAGGUCGCCAGGCGGCAGGUUUCGUUUCUGGGGAGAGUGCUGUCAGGAAGCGGCUCAGGGCUCUCAGCCGCGCACAGGUCCAGUAUUCUCCACCAUUCGCGUCCACAGAAUGUAAAGGAAAUGCUUUCCUUCCUAGGACUCACGGGGUUCAGCAGACAAUUCAUUCCGCGUUAUUCAAAUCUCACUCAGAUUCUACGUGCAAAGGUAAACGAGAAGGGGAUGAUGAACCUCACUGCUGAACUCGAUUGGGACCAAGGGGCGGAGGAGGCAUUUAUUACACUAAAAACAGAGCUGGCGCAGGCCGCAGACCUUGCAGUUCCAGAUUACAGCGCGCCGUUUUACCUGGACGUUUCUGAAACAACAGGGGUAGUAAAUGGGGUUUUGUUUCAGAAAAAGGGGGAGGGUAAAAGGAAGGUGCUUCUGUAUAUCAGUGCCAUGAUGGACAACAUGGAAAAACGACACCAUGAAUGCACACAACACGCAGCAGGGGUUGCAAAGCUAUUAAUGAAAACAGCACACAUAGUCAUGGGCCACCCACUACACGUGCUAACAACACACAGCAUAGUAGCUUAUGUAAACUCACAAACUUUCACGAUGACGUCACUAAGACAAAGAAGGCUGAGCAAGCUGUUAGAAGCUCCAAACCUCACCUUCACACAUGAAGGCAUCAACAUGGCUGAUCACAUGAGAGAGGGGAAACCACACCAAUGUGAGUACAAGGUGGAGCUGGAAGCAAAAGCACGAACCGACUUAAAAAGCACACCACUGACACACUUUGAUUGGCAAUUGUUCACUGAUGGCAGCUGCUUCAGACAUCCACAACAUGGGUUGCAGUCCGGAUACGCGGUAGUCAGAAGUAAUGGGGCAGGAACAGAGGUUCUGGAAGCGGGAAGAAUUCAGGGUCAACAGUCAGCACAGAGAGCGGAGGUACUCGCGCUGAUAAGAGCGCUACAGCUGGCAGAAGGGAAGGCAGUAAACAUCUAUACUGACUCGGCUUAUGCGGUAGGAGCAGCUCACGUGGAGCUGGGGCAGUGGUUAAGAGCAGGUUUUCUGACGGCUGGAGGAAAACCGAUUAAACACGAACCAGAAAUGAAAGACUUGGCGGCAGCCUUGGCUCUACCAAGCACAGUGGCCAUUAUAAAGUGUAAAGGACACGAGCAGUCCAACAGCACGGUGGCAAAAGGAAACCAGGCAGCAGAUCAAGCUGCAAAACAGGCUGCAGGUUACCAAAUGGGGCUCCAAAUGGUAAAUGCAGAAGAAGAGGGACAGUUGGGGCCACAACUUAAUGAGGAGCAAAUUGCAGAAGCCCAAAAGGGGGCGUCUCCACAGGAGAAAACGGUGUGGAAACAAAGAGGGGCUACGGAGGCUGGAGGCCUCUGGAGGUCCCCGGACGGUCGUCCAGUGCUACCACCUGAAAUCAGAAACAGGUGUUUGCAGGAGGCACACGGGAUGGCACAUGUGGGACACAAACAGAUGAAUAGGAAUCUUUGUCACUGGUGGCAUCCGUUUUUGGCAGACAUGACACGUGAAUAUGUUAAGACCUGUAAAAUAUGCAUCACGUUUAACCCAAAACCGACGGUGAAGCCGGAGAUGGGGGUGUUUCCGUUGACAUUGGUCCCGGGACGGGAAAUAGUCAUCGACUACACUGACAUGAUCACCCGAUGCGAAGGUAAAAGGUAUCUCCUGGUAUGCGUGGACGCCUUGACCGGCUGGCCAGAGGCGUGGCCCACAAAAAAAGAGGACAGUAAAUCAGUUAUCAAAUGUUUGAUAAACCAUUACAUACCAAGACAUGGGUUCCCUGAGAAAGUCAGGUCUGACAACGGCACACACUUCAAAAAUCAUGACCUACAAGAAGUGGAGAGAAUGUUGGGUCUGAAACAUGCUUUUGGUACAGUAUAUCACCCCCAAUCCCAAGGGAAAGUAGAACGCAUGAACCAAAACUUAAAACAAAAAUUGGCUAAAAUCUGUGCACAGACAAAUUUAACCUGGGUUCAAGCCCUCCCACUUGCAUUAAUGGCCAUCAGAAGCUCAGUCAAUCAGGGUACAGGUUUCACCCCAUACGAGCUGACCACUGGAAGACAGUUUCCCGGACCAAGCGCAGGCUUGAAGCUCCAGCCUGACCCGGAGACACCAACAGGUGAGUAUGCAAGUCAUUAUAACGAACUACGAGCUCUCGUUUCAGAUUUUGCGGUCCAGGUGCAAGACAGAACCGGAGGGCAGAACACCCCUGAUCCCCACACAACAGCCUGGGUCCUCCUGAGGGUCAUUAAGAGGAAGUGGUCGGAGCCACGGUGGACAGGACCAUACCAGGUGGAGGAGAGAACCUCACACGCUGUGAGGCUGAGAGGGAAAGGGGACACCUGGUACCACUGGAGCCAGUGCGCCCCCGCGGACGAACCGGGUCGCACUCUUCAGGACAUCCUGACAACGCAGCAGAAAGAGACGGAACUGGGCACUGGAUAGUGCCCGGACGUGCUCUCGGCGGGCAGUGACCGACAGACACCCAGUGCAUGGUGUUCUGUGUUGACUGUCUACAACGAAAGAAGAAGACCAGCGACGAAGAAAUGCACAAUGCUAUCCUCUCCUCUCCUCUGUUCUAUCUUUCUCAAUUCUCCGCAGUUAGUUUAGUUGAAAUAGAGAAUGUUGAGUACGCUUAAUAUUUCCAUAAUUGCUAUGGGGGGGGUAACGGUUGUUAUUGCAUUAGCUCUUAUAUACUUAGCUGUCACAGGUUCCACCUUGUUUGUUUGAGUGUUUUUACAGUGUUGAUACUAUAUAGCUUGGGUUGUUUUUGGGUAUAUCUUUCUGUGAGUUGUUUGUGUAAACUAGUGGAAAGGAAGCGAGCCACAGUAAGCGACAGAACCAACACUUGGGGGUCCCUUCUCAAAGUCAGACACGAAAAGACAGGGCGUGGUGUAAGGUAAGAGGUUUAAAGGUCCUGGGGGAGGCCCUCCUCCAUCAGUAUCACAACAGACCGGCAUGAUGGGCAACGGCUCCAGGAGUGGAGGACUCCACGCGUUGGGGGGCUGGAAAUGUAUGGGCUUCAUGGUACUAAUCUCGAUUGCCAUAGUGUGGGGUAUACUCUGGUUUUUUGAAGGCUCACACGUCACCCCCAUGGCAACGCCCACCAUCCUCUCCCGCACACGCCGCGAUUUCAAGAAGGGGUGGCCAUGCGAUAGAAAGGCGAAGAUCUUACGGUACGUUAGAGGAAGCACGACGACCUUUGAGUUUGAUUUAUGCGACGUGAUACAUUGUUAUCGGAAUCACGCAUCAUGGACAAAGUGCAAUUUGUACCUGUGCGCAGAUCCGUAUUUCCAUAGUGUGUGUGCACGGGCGCGGUACCUACACAAAGAAAGUGAGAGGUGUGGAUCAUGGGGACACGUAGCAAAAUAUACUGGCGCUAACUGGGCCCCAUACGGACCCUACUCCGACCCUUCGUGGUGGUCCAACGUUACCUUUUCCAGAAAACCCCAAAGCACCAUCUCGAUCAACCGGGUUAGUCUCACACUAGCAGGAUUUUAUAGUGCACCCCCCAGCAGAAAUCCGAAAUAUGGGGAUUUCUACUUCACUUUGGGGCUUGAACGAACAGGGGAGGACGCCCAGGGGAUACUGCAGCUUGUUUUUGUUGACCCUCCGGCCUCUCGUCCAGGGAGACCCACACCUCCUCCAGACAGACAGGGGGCACUCGCUAUGGCUAUUGACUACUCUCAACUAAAACCCUUAGAUAUACUCGAACAGGCCACCGGCUAUAAAGACGACAAUCUGUGGCUUCGAUGGCUGUCCCAAAACGCGGUAGAACAUGGGCAGGGUAACUGUAUAGCAUGCGCCUCGGGUCGACCACAACUUACCACGGAGCCGGCCCCUCUGCAUCCGGAAGAUGCCUGGGGUUAUAAUUGUAUGCUGGGGCUAACUCGGCAGGCAACCCCUCCAAAGUGUACCACCCUGGCGUCUCUCUUCCCACCGAUACAUAACAAGACAAAGCCUGGCCCGUUCACUCCGUACAGAGGCGAACCGCGUCGUUAUCAGUGUUUCAACUUCACUCAUACUUCCCCCACAAUCAACGUAGGACAGGUCCCGGCCGACUGGUGCAACAUCACAACCAGAGGGACAUUGAUCGGGGUAUGGGCCCGGGCGGGGUUAUAUUAUUAUUGCGGGGGACAGAGGCUUUUGUCCAGAAUCCAAACCAAAACAAUUGGGAGAUGUGCAAUGAUCCAACUGGCCGUACCACUAACUAUGAUCAGAAACAAAUUGGUCAAAAGCACAGAAAAAGGAAACACUGCGCUCACUAAACGACGACGGCGGCACGUCCUGAAGCGCGCAGCUGUUGAUCCGACACGGUUAUUUGACCCCACCUAUCAAAGUCCCACUUACAUUGAUGCCUUGGGGGUCCCCAGGGGAGUUCCGAAUGAAUACAAGCUGGCUAAUCAAAUCGCAGCGGGGUUUGAAAACAUUCCGCUUUUGUCUGCAUACUUUCCGGUAACGCCCAACAAAAAUGUGGACCGCAUUAACUAUGUUCAUUACAAUGUGCUACGACUCUCCAAUCUCACCAGGGAUGCCGUGGAGGGUCUUUCUGAACAGCUGGCCCCCACGUCCUUAAUGGCCGUACAAAACCGGAUGGCCCUUGACAUGUUAUUGGCUGAAAAGGGGGGAGUAUGCGCCAUGUUCGGAGAUGUAUGCUGCCCGUUCAUUCCGAAUAACACGGCUCCAGAUGGUUCUGUCGCCCGCGCUUUAAGUGAACUAAAGACCCUGUCGGCCAAAAUGCAUGAGCACUCCGGAGUAGACAAUUCCAUGGAGGAGUGGAUGACUAAGACGUUCGGAAAAUGGAAAUCUCUCAUGAUGACUGUCCUGUUGUCUCUAGCAACCUUUGUGGGCAUACUCGUCACGUGCGGUUGUUGUUUUAUUCCCUGUGCCAGAGCGCUCUGUUUACGCCUUAUCUCCACAGCGAUUCAACCUGAGGGGGGGAACAUGAUGCCAUUGUUGGCCUUGAAGGGCGUAGAGGACUUAGAGGAGGAGGUCGACCCGGCAGACUUACUCCAUUAGUUAGGGUGAUCUCUGUAAGAGAUCAAAAGGGGGAAAUUGUGAGAUGUGGGGUUCUCUGUGUGUGUCUUCUUGUAUUUACUUUUUAGCUUGUAGAAUAGAUGUCCGCUUGUAGGACAGAUGGCGUGACCGGAUCGGUCCUUAUAAGGCAGACAAUGUGAAUGGUGGAAGAGAGAGCACAGGAAAAAUGAAGAUAAAAUAUUAUCUGAGAUAACACACCUGCGACCGAAGGGAGAGCCAGUUUGAACCCAUUUUCAGGGCAAGGCCGAAGGCUGCAGGAGAGAGUACCAGACACUCAUUGUUCGGGGAAGGCGUUUGUUACAGAAGGAUGAACUGGGUUGAACCAACGUUCAAGGGCACCAGAGGGAUUAAAACAGGUCAGUGCCAGAAGGCAGGCGGACUUUGGAAGGGAUUUGCUUGCGAUACGUAUUUCAUUGUCUCCAGAUAUAUCUGCGGAGAAUUGCUCAUGUACAACUUUUUCUCUUCUAAAUAAAUGUUAAACUUUUUAACUAAUUUCCUGCAGUGGAUUCUUCUAUCAACCAACUCGGGUGGAUAAGGAAUAUCC